ACAGAGUUACUGAUAAUCAUUGUUUUAGGCUAAGAUCGGUGAGCCACCCAACCACCUUCCUAUUUUAAUUUAAUGCUUUUCUUUUUUAAAAAAAUCGAAGAAAAUAAAAAGCCCAGAAAGAGCCCAAAAAACGCAGAGAGACAAAAUUAAAGAAAGAAAAAAAAACUUGCUCAAUCAUCUCCGAUCUCCUCCGAUCUUGUUCCAAAUCUCUCCGGUGAAAAGACGAUGUACGUAAGAGCACUUCCGACGACGGAUGUGAAUCGGAACACAGAGUGGUUCACAUAUCCAGGUGUUUGGACUACUUAUAUUCUCAUCCUCUUCUUCUCUUGGCUCCUUGUUCUCUCCGUCUUCCAUUGUUCUCCUGGCAUCGCUUGGACCAUUGUUCAUCUCGCUCAUUUCACCGUCACGUAUCAUUCGUUUCAUUGGAAGAAGGGAACACCGUUUGGUGAUGAUCAAGGAAUCUAUAAUAGAUUGACUUGGUGGGAACAGAUUGAUAAUGGCAAACAGCUUACACGUAAUCGCAAAUUUCUCACCGUUGUUCCUGUUGUCUUGUACUUGAUUGCCUCUCACACAACAGACUAUCAGCACCCGAUGCUCUUUCUCAACACACUGGCCGUAUUUGUCAUGGUGGUCGCGAAAUUCCCGCACAUGCACAAGGUCCGCAUAUUUGGAAUCAAUGGAGACCAAUGAAAAACUUGAGAAAACAAAGAAAAAGGUUUGUGUAUAAUGCGAAUCAAGUAUUUGGAAUGUGGAAUCCAACAACAAAUGCCAUCGUCAUUCAACAUGUCUGUACUAUACAGACAUCGAAUCCCAACCGGAGAAAAAAAUGUGUUAUUUGGUCACAUCCCAUCAUCGCUUAUUCAAACCUUUCUACUCUUUGUUUGGGGCUUCUAAUCAAUUCAUAUUUGAUAUCUUAUAUGGUUGUCUUAGUUUCUUAUUUGUAUAAUCCCAAAACUGGUUACAACAGAAAGUUGUUUAGCGAGCAAUCUAGGGUUUGAAUGAAUAGUUGGGGAAGAUUUAUUUAUAUAUACCGUUUUGGACAUAUA